AUGGAAAGUGAAAGAAAAAUGUCCUCAUCCAUGACCGAAGAUAUCAAAGCGGAGCUUCAAAUGAGGCUCGUCGAGCAGAAGCAGCUCGAGGAGGAGGCUGUUAGAAUCGAAGCGUUCAUGGAGACCAUCCGGAGAAACAUCGCGGCCUUGGAGUUGAUGUCCUCCAGUGCCCGAAAUGCGCGGGGAGAGCGAGACCGAUACGCUACGAUGUCUCCUCAGGAGGAGCUGGCACAUUACGAGCAGGAACUGGAUGAUGUCAGACAAAGGAUUGAAGCCCUGCAGGCCGCUAUCGAUUUGUUAGAACGGCAACUCUAA